AUGGAGUCCUCGGUUUCCGAUCGGCGAACGCGUGCGAAAAAGGCCUGUUUGGCCUGCAAUGCCCGUCGCGUCCGAUGCAAUGUGCUAGAGAUGCAGCCCUGUCGCAACUGUGUGGCAUGGAAUCUCUCAUGUGAGCUGGGGGUAUCGCGUCGAGGAAAAUAUCCUCGUAAGAAAAGAGCCUCGCUGGGCCCUACAUCCAUCGACACCCCAAAUGUCUUGGAGGCCCAACAGGGGCAGCACCACAGGGGAUCGCAGUAUGACCCAUCCGCUCAUCCCACAACGGGAGAAGAUACGAUUCAGAAGACCGUCUUCCUCGGUGAGUCCAGUCCCUUGACUUGUGUCGUGGACGAGGGGCAUCGGUCCCCCGAAAAAGGGUACGCCGGCAGUGUUCAACAAGGAAGACUACACUAUUCGAUUCCUGAGCAUCGCGAGACAAUCGACUGCAGUCAAGAUCUGCUGGGUCAGCGCCGCAAACUGGCCCAUGCUCGUCUGACCCGCGACGGCGCGUUGAACUUCCCGUCGCCUGCCAUUUGCGACACGCUUCUCCACGCCUAUUUCGAAUGGUUCCACCCUUGCUUCCCCAUUCUAGAUCGCCCCGCCGUGCAUCAGAGCUAUCGCGAUGGCAUGAUAUCACCUUUGCUGCUGCAAGCAAUGCUAUUCAUCGGAGUCAGUCUGUGUGCCGACACAGCCUUGACCACCACCGGUUUCAACGACCGCUACCAAACCAAGGGGGUUUUCUAUCAGCGCGCAAAAGAAAUCUAUGACGUCGGAUGGGAGACCGACACGGUCGUCAAGCUGCAGUCCUUGUUUCUCCUGAGCUGCUGGCGAGGAGGGCCCACCGAAGAACGGGAUGUUCGCUUCUGGCUGGGAGCUGCGAUCAACCUGGCCCAGAAGAAAGGCAUGCAUAUAAUGUCAAAGUUGUCAUUUUUGAGCGCCAAUGACCAAAAAAUAUGGAAGCGAAUCUGGUGGGCUUUAUAUGUUCGUGAUCAGCAAACAUCGGCGGCUCUGGGGUUACCAUCUCGCAUUCGAGACGAGGACUGCGAGGUCGCGGAUCUCGAGCCUUCGGACUUUGAGGAGAGCGAUUCUUCAGUGCCCUCGGAAAUCUUCCGACAACCACCGAAUGCCCACGUCUCAUAUGUGAUUGGCAUGGUUCAACUUGCUAGGCUAUUACGAGAGGUGGUCUUGAGCCAGUAUCUCCCAGGCCGAUCCAAAUUGGAGAGCCCUUCCCGUCCACUCCUCCAUCAACGUCUCAUGGACUGGGAGUCGAACCUACCGAAAGACAUGCGUUUCAAUCCAUCCAUGAGCCGGGAUGUAAUGUUUCUCAUUGGCAUGCUUCAUAUGGCCUACAAUAAUUUGUUUAUACUUCUUUAUCGGCCGGUAUUCUUGCAACCUCCCGGGGUAUCAACCAGUUCAGAAGGGAACGUGGCAUUGGAUGCAGCGACGAGGAGCACCCGGAUUCUAGAGGACAUGCUUUCGGGGAAUUUGGUCCAGCACGGAUCGCUCCACUUAAUAACUCACACAUUUUCUGCUCUUUGCAUCCAUACAAUUCACUUUGGACGGGUGACUGGCACUGCUCGAAAACUGGCGGAGCAUCGAGCAAAGCUAUGUCUUUUGGGCCUGAAGGAGCUACAGAAAUCCUGGGACUUGGAGAACUGGGUGCUAAAUCUGUUUUUUCGGUGCCUGGACGAUCGUACCGCGCAAGACCUUCGACUGACUGAAUUGUCAUCCACGUCGUCUCAUCAUCUCGCAGGAGAGGGGUGUGAUGCUACAUCACGAAAUCCGCCUCAUGAGAAUGCACAACCCCCAUUUUCUCCACGUGCAGACGAUGGCUCACUACUGACACCACAGGCGGACUCUUCUCAGAACAUCGCCGAGGAUGCGUCGGUCAACAUGGACUGGUACGACCUGUUCAAUGUGGAGGGUGAUGGUUUCCUGGGGCUUGCCGGCUCGUUCUCCAAUCCGGACUACCUAAACCCACAGAAUCUCGAGUUUCUCUACCGAUUUCUCUAG